ACUGUCUAAUCUACUAAUCCAUCUACCUCAACCUAAGUUUCCAUUAUAUAUAUAGUACAUCCAAUUUGCAGUCAUUAUGCAUUACUACUUAAACAAAAAUAUCAAACAUCUUUUCAAAACACAAUUCACACGACAAAAUGGUAAUGAAGAGAAACAGAGAAGGAUCAGAUCUCGAAGACAUACACACGAUGGCCAAUUGCUUGAUGCUAUUAUCCGGCAGCAGCAGCAGCAGCAGCGGCGGAGGAGAAAUUAACCGCGUUUUCGAGUGCAAGACAUGCAACCGGCAGUUUCCGUCGUUCCAGGCGCUCGGCGGCCACCGCGCGAGCCACAAGAAGCCGAGGCUGGCGGCGGACUACCGAGAGGCGUCGCCGCCGAAGCCGAAGACGCACGAGUGCGCCAUCUGCGGCCUGGAGUUCCCGAUCGGGCAAGCGCUCGGCGGCCACAUGAGGCGCCACAGAUCCGAGACCGUUCAGAAACUGUUGCCGUCGCCGGAGCUGUCACCGUCACCUCCAAUUGUGAAGAAACCGAAUAGCCGGAGAGUUUUGUGUCUGGAUUUGAAUCUGACGCCCUCGGAAAAUAAGUUCAUGUUCGACACCCAUGGAUUCCGUCAUUUAUCCUUUGUACAGAAUUUUUAAUUUCUUUGUAUUUAGCACAUCUUUUUGUUAUGAUUAAAAUGAAGUAUUAUUUCGUUCGUUUGAGAAAUAAUCGAUGAUUACUUUGUGUUUAA